GCUUAAUUGUUGGAGCAAUUAUUCGGUAUGCGGGAACCUCCGCCACCCUUGUCCACAUGCAGGUGGAGCCGCAAGGUGUUCCGACGUACACCGAUAAGUUGCCGCCCGAUACCCUCUGGUUUAAGUACCCCGUUAACCAGACGAAUGGAACCAAAUUACCGGAGGGCAUCAAGACAUACGCCUAUGUAUUUCGUGGUCAGGUCCACGAUGUGGAUGAGAAUGAAAUCGAUCUGAAGGCAACUUUUGAUCCAGAGGUGUUUUUCAACAUUUUACUACCGCCUAUAAUAUUUUACGCGGGUUACAGCUUGAAAAAGAAAUACUUUUUCCGCAAUCUGGGUGCCAUCCUCACGUUCGCCAUUGUGGGCACUACCUUGUCGGCCUUUCUUAUCGGCGGCUUCAUGUACGGUUGUGUGAAACUGAUGCCAAAGUACUUGAGCAGCAGUUUCACAUUCCUGGACACUCUUUACUUUGGAGCCCUGAUAUCGCCCACAGAUCCGCUCACCAUUCUAGCCAUAUUCAACGAUCUUCGAGUUGACGUUAACCUAUAUGCGCUAGUCUUGGGCGAAUCUGUGCUCAACGAUGCCGUGGCCAUUGUCCUUAGCGGAGCAAUACAAAACUAUGGUGAACAUUACUCUAAUACAGGGGAAUUCGAAACUACAGCUUUUCUGCGCUCGUUAAGUGACUUUUUCUCCAUCUUUCUGCUGUCCCUGAUGAUUGGCGCCGCCAUGGGCUGUUUGACAGCAUUGAUGACCAAAUUCACGCGGGUUCGCGACUUUCCCCUUCUAGAGUCGGCGCUCUUCGUGCUAAUGAGCUACAGCACCUUCCUGCUGGCCGAGGCCACCGAACUCACUGGCGUGGUGGCCGUGCUCUUCUGCGGCAUCUGCCAGGCCCACUACACCUACAACAACCUGUCGGAGGAUUCGCGGCAAAGAACUAAACAGAUCUUCGAGCUGCUUAACUUUUUGGCCGAGAACUUUAUAUUUUCCUAUAUUGGCGUUUCGAUGUUCACCUUUCCCAAGCAUCAUUUCGACGCGGGAUUUAUCAUAACAGCUUUCAUCUGCGCCGCUAUAGGACGUGCCGUGAAUGUGUAUCCUUUAUCCUGGCUGCUGAACAUCAAGCGGAAGCCUAAAAUCUCCUCAAACUUCCAGCACAUGCUGUUCUUUGCUGGACUUCGUGGCGCCAUGUCCUUUGCCUUGGCCAUCCGAAAUACAGUGUCGGAUGCGCGACAAACUAUGUUGACCGCCACAUCGCUGAUUGUCAUCUUUACGGUCGUAAUCCAAGGUGGGGCAGCCAAUUUUCUGUUAAAUUGGUUGAAAAUACCUGUUGGCGUUGACGAUGAGACUGAACAAUUAAAUAAUUACCAAGUGCACAGUUCUGACGGUUAUUUACAGGAUGUGGAAAGCGCCGGCGGAGGUCGCGGCAAGUUGCGUUUGUCCGGUGGAACGGAGUCCAACUUGGAUACGCCAGCGGAUGGACCGAAUGGCAGUUUGGGCGGUGGACGUCGUCGCAACAGUCACGAGAAGGCCAUACUGGCUAGGAUCUGGGGGAACUUUGAUACCAAGUACAUGAAGCCCUUGCUGACGCACUCGCGACCCACUCUGCUGGAGACGCUGCCCGUUUGCUGCAAUCCCAUUGCCAGACUGCUCACCACCACACAGCAGUUAACUCAAGAUGGUAGCGAAUUUAGGCGCGUGGACUCGGACUCGGAUAUCUGCAUAGACAAUGAUACCGGGAAUGGUCUCAGCCAGGAUGUUGGACCCGGAACGGGACCGGCUGUGGGGCGCCGGAACUCUCUGAGUCGCGUUGGAGGCGAGCAUCGAAAUGUUUACUUAUAAGUUUUAUUAAUUUUUCUGUUUCUUUUGUUAUUUAUUUUAAUUGGUCUCAUUUAAAAUGGAAUAUGAUGUGAAAACUGUACAAAUUAGAUUAUUACUCCUUAGUUUCUCCUUGUUUACGAUAUGUGAUUCGGAACUCUAGUUAUAAAUUAAAUAUCAAGCUUAUCAAUUAAUUCAAAAGUUCUUGUGCAACGAUUUAAAUUCCGUAAGGGCACUGAAGCUACCUUUCAUCAAGGUGACACACACGAAUACCAUACCUUAAAACACGAUAUAUUACAUGCAUAUGAAGCCUCUUUUAUUUUAAUUUUUCUACUCUUGCGUCUUUGCCAUUUUCUUAGUUUUGCCAAAAUAUAUAAAUACGCCUAACUAAAUGGCCUAGUGAAAAUUUAUACGAAUACUUAUAGACAUAUUUUCUUUUUCUUAUUUAUUCGUCAUCGCAAUAUAUGCAAACAUUUAAAAAUAUUCGCCUAAAACCACAAAACAAAUUUAUAUUCAGAUGGAGAUUCUGGAGCAUGUUCAAAGUCCGGUGUCGACGAGAAUCAGACUCUUAGGAUUUUAUGGAAAAAAGUUAUAAAAGCCAAGGCAGAAAUAAUCUUAUUUACUUUUUGAUGUAUUUUACACAACAUAAAAAAUUAUAGCUUUUUCGUUUUAAGAAGUUAGUGUAAAUAUAUCGUUUUGAAAUCUGAGCUAAAUAUGUAUAUUCGGUUUAGUUCUAACGUUUAAAUUUCGAUCCAUUUGCUGAUCUAUUAAUUUGUUCCCAUAUUACCUAAGACCAUUUCUUACUACAUACAUACGCUGUAUUUUAAUCAAAGCGAAGCUCUCUGAAGAUAUUAAUUGUUGUGCUGUUAAUUUUUAAGUCUCAACAAAAUAAAA